AUGGGUAAGAAAAUUUUAGAAGAAACGAUAAAAGCUAAGAAAGCGAAAGCAAACCCCAGUAAAAUUUACAAAAAAAGAACAGCAAGAGUAAAAUAUAAGGAAGAUUCUGAAAUAACAAUAUUUACAGCACAGCAACAAGAACAUCAUCCAGGCCUUUCAGGCAUAAGAAAUAAGAAGAAACGAAAACGCCAGCUUUCACUUGACAGCAUAACUAGUGUAUCCUACAUUAUGAGCGAACAUAGUGAUUCUGAUACUAUUGAAUGUGUUGAUUUUGAAGAAUUGACGGAUGAAUACUCUGAAAAUGAUUUUCUCACUAACAAGAAUUUAAAUCCUCUCUGUAUUAAGGGUAAAGGUGUAGGCAAAAUAAAGGGAAAGAAAACAAAGUGGAAGAAAAAGUCGAAGAAAAUAAAGAGGAAAGACUCAUUGAAAGAAAUUACGAAUAUGAUAUUGAUGUUUUUACUAAAGAAAAAAAUAUGA